AGACACAAUUUUUACUAAUUGAAAAUAUUUUGUUGCAAACAUCAUCUUUCAAAACUGUUAGAUUUUCAUACAUUAUAGGUCAAAUUAAAACUUUAUAUUUUGCACAUAAAAUGAUAAACUUUGACAGAUAUUCAUGUAAUUUUGUUUUAAUUUUGAUAAUUUUUGCAUAAAUUUACUUAUUUAUUAUACUCACUACUCAGUCUAUAAACUUGGUUUAGUGAUUUCUGUAUUCGACUUUUUCUUUUUAAAAAGCUAUCUGGAUAGAGUAUUGCUUUUAUUUUCCUUUAUUAACAGCUUAUAUAAAAAUGUGGUAAAAAGAACAGCUUGUAUUAAAAGGUGAAAUUGUUAUAAAAGUCAAAGAAUGUAACAUUUUCUGACAUAAAUAGUAAAUCGUACAAGAUAAUAUAAUGAAUGAUAUUCCAUUUCAAAAUAAUUUUGUCCGGUUUGUAUGAUUGAUAUAUCGACUUUAUUUCAACCGACAAGUAUGAUAUGGGCUUCCUCGGAGCCCAUAAAUAAUACCUUCUGACAACUGCAAUACACGCCGUCUGUAGAUCGGUUAAACGGCAAAGCAUUUUCUUCGUAUUGUUCGUAACAGCGCGAUAUUAAACACACUAACAAACAAUUCACUGGACGAUCCGACAGCAAUUAUUAAGAUUUAAGAGGCCUAUGCCCCCCGCCCCAGUAUCAAGGCCCGGGUCCUGUGUUGGGUUUGAAAUUUAAUAUUUCCACUUAACUCGAGGCUAAAACCGUCAUUACGACAACAGUGUUCUUCCCAACCCUAGUUGUAGACGGUGGCUGCUUCACUCAUGUUGCCGAUUAGUUACCGUGUAAUGCUAACUAUUUUGAAAAAGUUAAACCGUAAAGUUUAUUAAAACUUUAUAAAAAUCUACAUCUCUUUCUGUUUAUGUUCUGUAGGAACUAAACUAGAAAGAUUAUGUGGUUAAAAACAAGCAGCAUCACGUGCAGCGCAGAGAUAACUUAUAAAAAAAAAUGAAGGUUAAGUUGACCCGUGAGCUCUCUUUUUACAAAAUCUCUGCACGGACGUGACACGUGAGCAUGACAAAGCUGCCAUCUUUCCUCCUUCCAUUAUUGAGUUACAUUGUCUCAAGGGCGUUGCUAAACUUGUGGGAUCAGUGUUUUGAUUGGGAGUAAAUGGCUACUUUUCAUUCUGUUCAACAUGCAGUGAAGCUCUUCAACGCUGGUUUAUCUGGUGGAGAACAUCUCAACCAGAGGCAAGAACAGGAAGUGUUGGUGGAAGAGACAGAUGUUAACAAGUUGAAGGAGAAAAUAAAGAAUGCAGAGAUGGCGAAGAUUGAGGCUUUGUUAGAGCUUGAUGAAGCUAAGAAAACGGUUGAGCAUCUCAAUCACAAGUUGAGAAAUGAUGAGAAAGGUUUAGCUUUGAGUAGUAUUAGUAGUAAUGUGAGAGAUGUGAGUUCAGAGAUAGGCAUUGCUAAGGAACUGCUUCAAAGAGUAGUAGCUGAAGAGGAGAGUCGUCAGGACUUAGAUGUGAGUAGUAGUAAUAAUGUGAUAGUUGUGACUUCAGAGCUAGGCUUUGCCAAGGAAUCACUUCACAGAGCAGCUGAAGAGGAGAGUGAACUGUGUUUGUUAAUGGAGUCUCUCAAGCUCGAGCUUGAAAACGUUAAGAAAGAGCAUUCAGAGCUUAAGGAGAAAGAGCAAAGAGAAACAGAACAAGCCGUUGAGGAGCUGAAGAAGGAAGCUGAAGAAGCAAAGAGGGAGCUUUUGCAGUUAGAGGAAGAGCUAAAGAUCGCUCUUAAAGAGGCUAAAGAAGCAAAAGCAAAACCUGCAGAGGAAUGUCUAAACGUUCAAGAAAGUUGUGGUGGUGGUGGUGGUGGAUUAACUGAGACGGAAGCAUUGAGAGCAUGCAGAGAUGAAACGCUGAAGAAACUGGAGAUGAGCGAGAAGGAGAUUGAAGAUAUCAAAGCAGCAACACAAGAGGCGUUGAAGAAUGCAGAGAUGGCUGAGGAAGCUACAAUUGUGAUGGAUGCAGAGCUUAAAAGACGGCGUAAGGCAGCUAGUAGGAUGUGGGCUAAGUCGUUUCCCUCUGCAAAGGAAGUGGACAAGUCAAAAUCAAGAUCCAAAGAGACUUGCUUAGUCAAGUGUUAGAGAAAGAACCUGCUGGUCUCUUUUGAAAUUGUGACAAUCUGUAUAAACUAAACUCAUAAUUAAAAGAAAUAAGUGUGUCAGUUUGUUUAAACUUGAAGCUUUUAAUAAUGUGUGUUGUAAUAUGUAAACAAUUCAGUAUCAUCAUCUUAUAAACUAACCAUAUGUAAUUCUUCUAAUGAGUUCAAUAAACCUAUAGAUCAUGUAA